AUGGAGAAGGCCGUCUCCAAAAGCAGAAAAGAAAAACAAGCCAGCUUCCAGGUCAAGUCAUCUGUGCACAACUUGAGCAAAACUCAGAAGACCAAACUCCCUGUGGGCAGCCUGGGGUUAGGCCUGAUAAUCAUCCAGCAUGGGCCCUACCUCCAGAUCACCCACCUCCUCAAGAAGGGGGCUGCAGCCAGGGAUGGAACACUUCGGCCAGGUGAUGUUCUGAUUAGUGUUGGCCAGGCCAAUGUGUUAGGAUAUACUCUUCGGGAAUUUUUAAAGCUUUUGCAAUGCAUCACCACAGGAACAGUGCUGCAAAUCGAGGUUUACCGAGAAUUUAUUGACAUACCCCAAGAAUGGCAAGACAUAUAUGAUUUAAUCCCUGAGACCAAAUUCCCAGUAACAUGCACAACGAAGAAAACUGAGCAGGCAAAAGGCGACUCUUUCACAAGCAGUGAUGACAAGGAAGAUGUUGUUUUAGAUAAAAAACUUAAGUAUUAUAAAUCCCCAUGGUCCACUGGGCAUUAUCCUGCAAGGAGACCCAUGUCGAUCUCCAGAGAAUGGCAUGAAUACAAAAAGAAGAAUCAGACAAUCAGCGUAGGAACAGACAUUACCUGUGACGUCAUGGUUCACGGAGACCACAGGGAAGGAGUGAGAGCCCCUUCCCCUUACUGGACAAUGGUGAAGCAAGACAAGGACAGCUCCUCCUCCUCCUCAGCCUCAGACGCAUUCUGGCUGGAAGACUAUGCCCAAGUUGAAAAGGGCAAGGGUCAACCUGCACCAAAAGUUGGUUCGUAGUUUGCAAAUCUGUGAUCAUAGAGCAUUUCUCUGGAAACUCCCGGCUUUUGUGCAUUACCAUGCACAGCUUUGCUGUACUCACAGGAAUAUGUGCACACUUACCAAUUCUUUUGCAACUGUUGUGACGCCUUUACGCCUGCUUCAACGUGAUAGCCAAGUCUUCCCUGGGUGCCACAACAGGUCUCACAAAUUUUAUUCUCAAAAUAGCAUCACUGAGAUCAUUAAGAUCCUCCUUUCUGAGAAGAAUGUUUCAUCUUUUAGAAAACGAACAGCUUGAUAUCAGAAAGUGUAAGCACAGCAGAGAA